AUGUAUACUGUAUUACUGCUUGUACAACUUACUUACUAUGUGUUUACGGGGUGCAUCAUUGCAGUUGAUGGUAACUGGGCUUCAUGGCAGCCUUGGGGAGAAUGUUCUGCUUCCUGUGGAGGCGGUGAGAGGACACGUGUUCGGCUCUGCUAUAGUCCAUCUCCCAGUAAUGGUGGCCGGCCGUGUCCAGUAGACUCCACCCAGCUGUCCAGGUGUAACACGCAGGCCUGCCCAGGUGGGCCCCAGAAGGCUCGAGGAAACAUUAUAGGGAACAUCAAUGAUGUUGAGUUUGGCAUCGCCAUCCUUAAUGUCACCAUCACAGAUAGCAAGUCUGGCAGCAAAAUCAUCAAAGCCACAAUUUCUAAUGUACCGAGGACAUUAGGGCCUGCAAUGAGGAAGCUCAUCUCCAUCCUGAACCCCAUCUACUGGACCACUGCACAGGAAAUAGGGGAGGCUGUCAACGGCUAUAUGCUAACAGGAGGCGUCUUCAGGCGAGAGACGCAGGUGGAGUUUGCUACAGGUGAGAUCCUGAGGAUGACCCACAUUGCCAGGGGCCUGGACUCUGAUGGAGCGUUGUUGUUGGACAUUGUAGUCAACGGACACAUCUUACAGCUGCCUUCACAAGCUGACAUCAGCAUCAAGGACUACACAAAGGAUCACAUCCAGACAGGCCCCGGGCAGCUGUACGCUCUAUCCACCCGAAUGUUCAGCAUCGACAAGGAAAGUGUGCCCUACUCCUGGAACCACACAAUCUCCUAUGACCUGUCCAAAGGGAAGAUGCUGUAUCUGGUUGAAAUGCUGCAGGCCACAGCCAUCAGUGCUCAUUAUCACCCACUGGAGGAGGUGUUGGAGUACAGCAUCCAAGCUAGUAUCACUAAAGGUAUAUGA